AACGGUUGUCUAUUUCUUGAUUAAAAGAACAAUUCAAAUACUCGCGUGCCAUGCAACUGUUCCGGUUGGAGCUGUCGCUCCAGUUGCUGCUAAUGUUGCCGAUCUUCAUUCAGAGCAGUCAGACUAUACCAUCUGAAACAAAGCCGCUGACUCUUGGAUUUAUCACCGAUGCACAAGAGAUGGUCGAUUUUGUGCAAUCAGAUGUUGGCAAAUUAAUUGAGGAAACGAAUAACACAACUAAUGUAAACGAAAAUCAGAGCAAAGUACUGGAACAUCUUAAGAACAUUAGCUUACGAGUUGAUCAACUCGAAGAACGCUAUGCAAACAUUUCGAGGAAAAUCAACAGCUCUGUUGUUGAUUAUAGUAAAGAGGGAACUUAUAGACAUCCAAUUGAAAGUAUUGUCUACGAAAUGGCUCGAAUGUCCAAGUUCUUACCACCAGUGGAAAACUUGCAAAGCUACGAUAUCUCCACACUCAAAUCAUUUACUGAGGCCCGGCCUGAUUACACUAUUCCUGGAAAAAAAUUAAAUAAAAAAUUUUAUUCCGGAGUGGUUAUAUCUCAGCCAAAUUACAAACAAUUCGGAAAAUCGGUUAAGUAUAUGUUUACUACCGAACAGAUGUACCAACUACAAUUCUUUCCACAACAUUAUGUCUACGGAUUGUAUAUAGACCGUGCGAUAUACGAAUUGAAGGCAUAUAUUCUGAUAGAGUACUCGUUGGUAGCUCAUCGAAUUGCUGGCGAAAAUGUUAAUUACGAAAGGAUGGCAUUUCGAUUCAACUACAGGAGGAGAACGGAAAAUAAUUACUAUUUAUUUCAAAAUGCGCUUGAAUACAUGGAUGCUCGACUUUGGCGCAAUGAUCCCCCGAAGCACAUUGCCAAAGUGACUUACGACGAGAUAACAAAUCUCAUUAUAGGCUACGUUGAGAACGUUGUGAAUCUAAACAAAGAUGGAAGCUGCGAAGAAAGUUGCUCUCACCACAAGCACGCAAUCUAUGAGGAUUGCUACGACAAAGAUGAAUUUUGUUCAAAACAACCUCAAUGCUUGGGUGGCAUACACGACUGUCAGUUUGUCGACGAAGACAUGAAUGUGUGUCAAUCGCAGGGAAACAGCACUCGUCGCUAUGAGUACAUUGAAUAUGACAAUGGACGGGUUUUCGGAGAACGAAAGGAUUGUCAGCAUAGAAUUCAUAAAGUGGAAAGCUGGAAGAGAUGGCUUAUCUAUAAUUGCGACUAUUGUUUCUGUCUAUGUGAUCAAAAGUUCAACUCUGAUCGCUACUUUAAUCUUCGCAAAACUAAGUCGGACAUCACAGACAACAAGGUGGUGACGGGUGUGAGGUUCGUGAAGAAGAAUCGCAUAUUCCAUUUGCAGAUUCAACAGGGACUGUUGUUGCCCCGUGGCGGUAUCGAUGAAUCAACACUGGAGUGGAAACCCGUUGAUGAUUACGAACUCACGGAUCCCAAUGUUGAAGCGGGAACAGAUUAUCAUGUGCUUAGCUACGAGAAUCGCGCCUUAAAUCUGGAUCAAAUUUCCCACCAAAGAGACCCAACCGUUAUAGUAACUGGCGUAGCUUUCGGAACGUUGGUUGAUCAUCUGAAUCUUCAAGUGCAUUUCACUCAAUUCGAUUACGAAAAGGGAGAAUUAAUUGCCGACGAGGAGUAUUGGCAAUGGAAAAUAAAUACUAACCGAACAAAGGUGAAUCUGAACAAUUUGGAUGUGCCGACACGAUCUGAAGUGAGCUCAGAACCAUUGACGGAAUUUGGCGAGUUUGUAGAAUUUACCAACACAGGAAUAGACAAGGAUGCAGCACAGACGACAAUUCCGUUUAUUGAUAUACAGGAUGUAGUGUCGCUUGUUCCGAUGCCUUUGUCUGGCAUUGGCCUCUUCUAUAAAGGCACUCCCGGAUAUGGUGGCUAUGUGGCACCCAGAAUCCUCAAUUUCGAUUAUUCGAAAUAUAUUCCCUUACCAUACCAUCCUACGGAUUGGACGUUUGACAAACAUGGUUAAAUAAGUGUCAUCUUAGCUA